UUUACUCGGUAUGUUCAACAAAAAGUAUGGCAGCUCUCUUACAUUACAUCGUUUUUCUAUCAGCUCUUGUCCAAGGAUCAGAGUCCAGCUCUGUGUUUGUGCUGAAGGGACAGGACGUUCGUCUGGAUGUCCAGGAAAAUUUUAAACUGAAAGAGUUUGAGGUUUUAAAGUGGACCUUCGGAUCAGCCAAUAUUGUAAGAUGCUCUGACACAUUGUCAGUGAGAGUGUCUCCUGAGUACAACAACAGGGUUGAGUUUUAUAAGGGAAACUUCUCUCUGCUACUGAAGAACAUACAGGAAGGAGACAGUGGACCUUAUACUGCAGGAGUGACUGGUGACAAAGAACAAACUAUUAUUGUAUUCAAGUUAGUUCCCCAAGAGAGCGUUGAGCCACCAGUCCUGACAGUGGACUCUAACUCCAACAUCAAUGGCAUCUGUAAUGUGACUGUGACCUGCAGAGGCCAGAACACCUCUGUCACCUCCAGCUGUAACAACAGCACCUGCUCUCAGGUGGGAGGAGAGAGUAGAGGGGCUGAGACCUCCACUGUCCCCCUGCUCUCUGUCUAUGUGGCAGGGGGUUCCAUCAUCUGUAACCACAGCAACCAAGUCAGCUGGGCCACUGACACCAAGGAGCGAAUGGAACUCUCUCCAAUUAAAUCUGAACAAGGCGAGAAGGCGAACGACAACUAUGCUUUCACAGUUGGGACACCUGUCUGCGUAGUUGGAUUCAUUGCCCUGAUUGGUUUUGUUGUUUGUCGAAAGCAAAACAAACGUAAGCUCACUGCUGCUGCUGCAUCAUAUUACAGGGGAAAAGAGGAUAUUAUAAACACAGAUUAUGCUACAGUUGGGACUCCAGAUAACAGUCAAGCAGGUGGUGAAGAGCAGGCGUCUCCAGGUCCAACAUCACCCACCAUCUACAGUAUGGUGGGACAACCCCAACCCAGCCCGUGAACCACCAGCCCCUGCCUGUGGAUGACCCCCAUGACCUCAAUGCCUUUUAAAGGCAAUGUUCCCAUGUUCGUGUAGACAAUAAAAUAAAAAUGGUCACAUGCUUCGUAAACAACAGGUGUAGACUAACAGUGAA